AUGGGCAAAUUUGAAGAAAAUCCCGUUAUUCGUAAACUUAUUCGUAAACUUUCUCAUAAACAAAAGAACCAGAUUUAUUCUACUCUCGAGUAUGCACACAUCCAAUUUGACAGCAUAGUCACAUUCAAAGAUAUACUCAGAGAUAUUGUUGAAGAG